AUGAAGUACUGGAAGAGCCAACAUGCCCCUGAUAAGAAGCUGAUGGUGGACUUUGGGGCCUAUGCCUGCACCUUCAUUCUCACUAACCCUGACAACCACAGCCUGGAUGCUCCGACCUCUGGCCCUGGGACUGCUGGGCCCUAUAUUCAGGAGGCUGGGACUCUCACCUACUUUGAGGUAAUAUUUUUAGAAAGCCCAGGGGACCAGGGAGACCCACUCUUCUUUGUUUCAAAGUUUGAAGAUACAUCCAUGGAGAAUGAAUCUACAUUCUUAUUUUUAACACGGGUCUGCUCCUUCCUGAAUGGAGCCACCCAGGUGUGGAACGCCCCUCAGGAGGUGCCCUAUGCCUACAAGGGGAACCAGUGGAUUGGUUAUGACAACCCCAGGAGCUUCACCCUCAAGAGACACCUAAGGAACCGGCCCAGUUUUGAUGGAAUCCUAUAUUAUUACCAAUCUGGUGGAAAAAUCCGGCGCCCGGUCAAUGUCCCUAUCGAUGUCUUUGCUGACGAGAUUUCCUUUUAUGAGCUGGGUAACGAGGCUAUGGACCAGUUCCGGGAGGACGAAGGCUUCAUCAAAGACCCUGAAACACUGCUCCCCACCAGUGACUUCCACCGGCAGUUCUGGCUCCUCUUUGAGGACCCUGAGAGCUCCAGUGCUGCCCGUGGUGUGGCCGUGGUCUCAGUGUUGGUUGUGGUCAUCUCCAUCACAAUCUUCUGCCUGGAGACACUGCCAGAGUUCCGGGAGGAUAGGGAGCUGAAGGUGGUCAGGGACCCCAGCCUCAACACGAGCAAGACCGUGCUCUCCCACACCAUGUUCACCGACCCUUUCUUCGUGGUGGAGUCCACCUGCAUCGUGUGGUUCACCCUGGAACUGGUGCUCCGGUUCGUGGUCUGCCCCAGCAAGGCCGACUUCUUCAGGAACAUCAUGAACAUCAUCGACAUCAUUUCCAUCACCCCCUACUUCGCAACUCUCAUCACAGAGCUGGUCCAGGACACAGAGCCGAGCGCCCAGCAGAACACGUCCCUGGCCAUCCUGAGGACCAUCCGGCUGGUGAGGGUCUUCCGCAUCUUCAAGCUCUCCCGCCACUCCAAGGGGCUGCAGGUCCUGGGGCAGAUGCUGAAGGCGUCCAUGCGGGAGUUGGGGCUGCUCAUCUUCUUCCUCUUCAUCGGCGUCAUUCUCUUCUCCAGCGCGGUCUACUUUGCUGAGGUGGACGAGCCAGAGUCCCAUUUCUCUAGCAUUCCUGAUGGCUUCUGGUGGGCGGUGGUCACCAUGACAACUGUAGGCUAUGGUGACAUGUGCCCAACCACCCCCGGGGGGAAGAUUGUGGGCACUCUGUGUGCCAUCGCGGGGGUCCUCACCAUUGCCCUCCCUGUGCCUGUCAUCAUCUCCAACUUCAACUACUUCUACCACCGGGAGACCAAGAAUGAGGAGAAGCAAAACUUCCCAGGAGAAAUCGAAAGAAUCCUCAUCAUCAACAGCGCGGGCUCAAGAAUGGGCAGCACAGACUCUCUUAGUGAGACCAGUGGCGGCUGUUCCACGGAGAAGUCCAGCAAGUGA